CAGACUCAUUUAAAAAAGGUUUGGCACUCCUCAAAGUUCUUGACUUGGGCUGUGUUUCAGGAAUUGUUAAGGAUUGAACCUGCUGGGUGGGGGAAGAAGUGGAGAAUGAGAACAGCUCUUAUAGUUCUGGGUUUGACCCUCUCUUUGGCUGCUAUUGCAAGGGCCAGAACCCAUUUUAGCCGCUAUCGCUCAUGGAAUUCGCGAAUGUACCCAGUGUGGAGAGAUGGUGAUCCCAGAUACAGGGACUGCUGGAAAGGUGGACAGGUAACAUUUGACAUCAAGAAUGAUGCCCCAACCCUGACAGGAGCCAAAACAACAUUCAGUAUUAAUGUUCUUCCUCCCGGGAAUCAGACGGUGCUGCCUAAUGGGACAGUGGUGUGGAGCCAAAACUGCACUGUUAAUGGAACCCAUCACAUGAAGGGUGAACAUGUUUACCCAGAAUUCAACACUUCCCAAGAAUGGACAGGGGUUUUUCCUGAUGGUACACCAUUCACUACAAGAUAUUCCAAGAAACCUCGCUUCAUCUUUGUGUGGAAGACUUGGGGUCGAUAUUGGCAGAUGGCUGGUGGUCCUUCCUCUGCACUCACUAUUGGAACAGACAAUGUGCCAUUGGGCUCUUACAACAUGGAGGUGGUUAUUUAUCAUUGCCGGGGAAAGGACAGGUUCAUUCCUCUUGGAUACAUGUCUACACAGUUUUCUAUCACAGAUCAGAUUCCAUUCAUAGUGACUAUGUCCCAGACUGGUGAUGUUAACCAGGCAGAUCAGAGCUUUAUCCAGAGUCGACCUGUAACCUUCAACGUUGGUGUCCAUGACCCCAGCCAAUACCUCAGUGGAUCUGACAUCACCUUUACCUGGGACUUUGGGGACAACAGCGGAACGCUUAUCUCCCGUCAACCCUCUGUUACACACACUUACGUCUCAACCGGCUCAUUUCGGCCACAGCUUGUGCUGAUGGCUGCCAUCCCAAAUGGCUGUGUCCCAAAUCCAACUGCUGGUGGGGUCGUAACUGCAGCCCAAACAGUGACAGUGGCAUCAGAAGCUCCAGCUGCACAAACCACCAAUACGGCUGCCUCUCUUCAGCCUGUACUCGAGCAAGAAAGCAUAGCUUCUGCUGUUCCAGCAGCAGCUAACGACUUAGCCGCAGCUGCAGCUGAUGAUCAAGAGGCAGUAAUAGCUGCUGAAAAUCCAGUUUCCGAUGUUCCAGCCACUGGUGAAACAGUUACAGAUGGUAUUGUAGAGACAGAGGCCCUUACAGUUACUGAUUUUGCCGCAUCUAUCACCCCUAUUGAGGAGAAUGUAGUCGAGUCAGCUGUCUCCGAAGCUGCAGUUUUGGAAGCUGCAGCAGCUGCCAAUGGAGAGACAGAUACAUUAGCACCUGUUGCAGAUGUUAUUAUUAAUAUUGUGGCCACAGAUGCUACGGUUGUUCAAACAGUGCCAUCUAUAGUACCAGUGAAUGAGGGUGAGAUUGUGGAAACUGUAAAUGAAGCUACUCCAAAUGAAGUCGUAGCUGAAGCUGCUGUAAAUACUGCCCCUGCUACAGUUGCUGUUAUUCCUACCACAUCUCCAGUGACACAGAUUGAGAUUGUUGUCGAAGCAACAGAGGAAACACAAGCUGCUCUGGUUAUUGCAAAACGACAAGCUCCAGAAAUUCCAGCGGAGGGAAACUGCAUGAUUUACCGCUACGGCUCUUUCUCCUCAACCUUGGAUGUUGUUCAGGGAAUUGAGAGUGUGGAGAUUGUGGAGGUGAGUAAUGUUGCAGUUUUGGCCACCAACGUGGAGCAGAACGCCGUGGAUCUCACCGUCACCUGCCAGGGAAGCUUGCCGAGUGAGGUGUGUACCAUGGUGAUGGACUCAGACUGCAUCAGUCCUGUGCAGACCGAGUGUAACGCUGUGACUCCGACUGAGUGCCAGAUGAUCCUCCGCCGUUUCUUUAAUGAUUCUGGAACUUUCUGCAUUAAUGUGUCUCUGACUAAUGAUGUCAGUUUUGCUGUAACCAGUGCGAGGCUCAGUGUCACUGUGGAUUCAGGCUCCUCCACGGCAGGCGCUGCCACUGCGGUACUCGGUGUUCUUGUGCUCGUCUGUGCUCUAGGCACCAUUGCAUUAACUUACAGGCGAUUGAAGGCACACCAUGCGUUCAAAGAGAACUCGACAGAUGGCAUCAUGGGUAUUUCUGGUUUUAAGUCUGUUCCAAUGUUAGUGUGGAACUUUCUGACCCGACAGAGCACUGCGGAGAGCCGCCCUCUGCUGCAGGGGAGAGUGGUGUGAACACACACACAACACUCACACACACUGCUCACAUACACUACACACAAUCCACACACACUUAUAUUUGUGCUGAUGUUACAUUUACAUAAUCCAGCUAGUGGCUAAUGUUUAUUUUGGUUUAAAAUAGUAUUACAGUGUUAUGACCAGAUUAAUGGGACAAGAAUGCAACACCGGGUUUGUCCCAGGUGAAAAAGAUGGCUGUCUUUAUGCUGUCUUCUAUAUGAGCCUGACCUUAUCUUCAGAGUGAAAACACUGCUAAAAAAGUUCUGCCUACUUCUGAACAUAAUGCAAGGGAAUUUUGAAGCAUACCCAAUACUAAUAACAACAUUGUGUGUUUUGAAUAUAGAAAUGUUAUAGCUUAACUGAUUAUCACUGCAUGCCUAAUACACACACAACACCACACACCGUGUUAGGACUUCUCAAGGAAAUGGAUGAAUAAUUUGACUAAAGCUUUAUGUACCAUUAUGCAGAACCACAACAUGCUCGUAAUACACACUCUUAAUAGAGAGGUAGAUUAGAUGCAUUUCUUUGAAUGAAUAUAUUGAUAUCGACUUGAAAUGAAUGAAAGAAAAGAGAAUGCCCAGUAUCUCGAUCAGUGUUAAUUAAAACUGGCCUUAUACAGUUUUGCUUUAUGGUUUUGCUAAAUAACUGCUACAGAUCAUUUAUGAGUAACACAAAUCCUAGCUGACAAUGAUGAUGUAGUUCAGAUCUGUUAAGUUUGAGGUGCUAUGCUUUUCUCCAUUACUGAACACUUGUUAUCCUUCAAUAAAGACAUUUUUGUGCUUUA